AUGUUGGUACCCGUGGGUACCCAGGCGCCCCACACUCGAGAGGCCUCCAUCGACGAAAGUCGUCAUCUCCGCCGACUUCGCGAUGACAGUGAAGAUGACAGGAGUUGGACGCCAGGCCAUCUUCAUGGUCAGGAAAACCGUCCGGCGGGCGGCCGGUUCGGAGUUGAUCCUUCAUUUUCAUCCGCCCUACAGAGGUUCGGUGGCGCUUCCACUUGUGCAGUUCCACCAUCAGCAGCGGCCCGACGCGCCCUCCACAAACCCGCCGGAGACCACGAUCAGGCAUGUUGCAUCGGACUGCCACAUCAUGAGCCGCGAGGAGAUGUCGAAGCGUCACAGCACCUGGUAAGACCGAGAGACAGGAACGAAAUGCAGUUUCUUUCCACAAAGGAAAAAGUGGCACAUCUUAGCAGGGACGAAAAUACCGGGAAUUCAUCAUCGACAAGGAAGAACGACUCUCCACCCGAUGAGCGCGGUAGUCCGCCGUCUGGCAGCUCGUGCGCGUCAAGCAGUCUUCAGGUGGGCGGUGUCUUUCCCACAACUGGAUCUUUCUCUUUUUUGCCGCUGGGGCGCAUAAGCGAGCGCACGGCCACCAACCAUUUUCCACCCUUGAGUGCGCGUUCGUCGACAAGGGCAACGAACACCACGGCUGGGACGACCUUCGCCGCCAGCAGGAAUCACUACAGUAUUUUUUUUAAUUCGGCGUCUACUUUUUUAUUACUUUCUUGAGUGUAACGGGCACCAGUACUGCCGUUUCUUCUGUUUGAUUCGCUUUCAACAAGGCCCCAGUGAUAGAUACGCCACGGUUGCCUUCGCUUUGUUGUACGAAAACGGUAAUCGUAGCAAUCUGAAGGAGCACAAAACAGAAAGAGCGAGACGAUCAUCGUGAGGAAACUGCCUUCUUUGCGUUGUGACAGACACCCUCCACGACUACAGCGAACUCGGUUUAGAAGGCGCUCAAAAAAGCAGCUCCGGCUCGCCUUUCAAAAAUGUACUUUGUUGCAGCUUGUAAAUUCUAUCAACAUGAUUUUGCAGUUCCGCCCGGGGCGCGUUCGGUCCAGAUGCCAAAACGAAGCCUGCUGUUUGGCGAGACGACCCGAGAUGUAUCGUCUUCCCGUACUUCUAGACAGCUUCCUCGCGGCGACGAAGAUCUCACCGACAUCACGAGUAGAGUACCAACACAAGAAGCUGCGCAUAUCGUUCAAGAUAUUCCUCCCGACUCCCGCUCGCAAAUUGACUCUCGUUUUAGUAUUGUCAAAAAUGGCCGUGCGUAGACAAGUUGUGUAUGAUUUAUCUUGUCACGGGCUGAAGAAGAUAAGAUUAAAAAAAUAACAUAAGUGAGACUAAGAGCGAAUACUGCAGGGUAGCCGCAAGCCCCUGCAGCAUUGUAGGAGACCAGCUGCAGCUCGGUGUAGUAGGCGCGUCUCCCGCUGCAGGCUGUUGACUUGCAGCAUGAGUUUUCCCAACAUAAAAUGUGAUGGUAAAAGCACAACGGCUACCGCCAUGCUGUGCAAAACAAGCCAGCUGUCUUGUGGUAACACUAAUGAGAAAACAGAUUCUGCUACGUUGAGUAGUACAGUUUCCGAGGUUGUAGUGUGCUGCACAUCCGUUGGGGAAUGUUUCCUGUUGAUAGCGCAGCCUCCGAGCUCCUACCAGUGGAACUACGCAGCGGGCAGUCGCAGUGUGGCACCCCCGAUUCGGACGCCACCGUCCUCGUGCCCGGGGGCACAGCGCUCGGGUGCACAGACCGUGGCCUUUCCUAGCUACAGGAGCACGAGGACGAAUUGCUCCGGCGGUAGUACUGGUGGACCGAAUGCUCGACCAGGCUGGCCCAGUACGACCAUGGGUACUCGGACAAUCCGAAGUACCACCACCCCACAACAGCGGCAGAAAGUGCUACCCCCACAACCACUUGCCACCUGCACCGCCGCGCCGGCAGCAACGACCGCGAUCUUUCCAGCAGCGAUGUCCAGUUGCAGCAGCAGACCCCCCGCCUGCUUCGCCGGGGCUUGCGGAGAAGCACCGGGCACUGGGUCGAGAAAUGCCGGUGGAAGGCCGAGACGAGAUCAAGAUACGUCGGCUCCUCCCCCCACUGCUGCAGCGAACGCAAAGGCCAAGUCUACUGGCAAGACCAAGAUGUUUCCAACGUCGUGUCAGCCGCUGGUGCAAGGCCAGAGUUCUUGGCAGUCGGAAAAAGACGUGGCCCGUGUAAUUUCUUCGGCUCCGUCUUCUUCAAGACAAAUCCAGUUCCGAGAACCCGUGCUUGAGCUUGCACAGGUGCCAAACAGGGUGAUUGGUUCUGGCACAAGUCGAGGACGCGGAGGCGGGGAUGAUUCCUCUUGCAGCCCCGAUUCUUUUACCACCGCGGCUGCCGAGUCCGUAACGCCGCCAGUGGCUGCCCCGGCUGCGGACCGCUCGGCCCCCGCGACAGUUGGCCCAGCGGGGACGCAGCAGGACGUCGCGGGAAGUAGCAUCGCACUUCUUCAGAAACAGACGGCGAGGCCAUGUAAUAAAUCCGGGACUCCUUGUCCAGGCAAACAGCAACCAUCACAAUCAGGCGGUGCACUCGGGCUUUCACAACCAGCAGCAGAAGUGGAUAAAGAUGAACACGACACGGUGGCGGUGGUGGGGAUGUCCUCCACUAGCGGCGACCCCACCGAAGCAGUAGCAGAAUCGUGUAGAAGCGACCGUGCGGUGGAUAUUAACGUGACUCCGACUUGUAGCAGCAGGAUUUGCAGCAACGUCAGUCUCAAUGUCAAUGCGAAUGGCUAUGCCCUGUCUGCGCCUGCUGGUCCCGUGGCUCCGCCGGAAAGGACGUGCGUGGAAGUCGAGCCGGUACGUCGCACGAGCGACAGUAUCUCCGAGGCAACGGUUUUGCUGCAUGAGCAGGAUCUGAUGGUAGUUCCAGCCGAGACCACCACGUCGAUGUGCAGCUUCGGCGCACAGACCCAAGCAAACGCGGGGAGGAAACAAAACGAGCCGCAGAUGAACAACGCUCCCGCGCAGAGCAAAGCGCCAGCGGCGGCAGACCGGGAAGAUGAAAUAACAGGAGAAGGAGCAGCAAGUCCCGGACAAGUACAAAAUCACGCAAAAGGGUCAGUUUCGUUGAGAAGCAGGCAGAUGAUGAAACAUAAAAAUUGCCUAUUGACCAAAAGUGAGCAUGCGACCCUCAUGCGAGUUCCACGCCACCAAGAAACGGCUGCUGUUGAAGAGGAGAGAAAUCAUCAAGAUGAUUUUUUUGUUGGUUGCGUUCCAGAGGAAUUCGAUGCGAACGAGCUGGAAGAGCUUGAAAUGACCGCGGCUCGUCCACCUCAUCCUACUGACAGCACUGUCCCGAAUCGAGUACCGGAAUCCGCUGGUCCUCCGGCCGCUGGUACCGCACCAGUCGGUGCGCCCGGCGUGGCGAAGGCCCGGCCCUGGGGCAGCGCGCUGAUCGAAGGUAGAGCACUUUUUUCCGGCGGUAUGCGUUCUUUUACUCCGCGUACGGUAGCGGCCGUUACAGAUUGCCCUUCUACUAGUUGCACAGGUGUCGCUACUGUGCGGGCCGAUGCCGAAGCAAGUAAAUCCAGGGCCGGGAUCGGAAACGAUCAACGACCCCCGCGCACUGGAACUGGUCCAAGCCGCGCGACCGGUGCCAAUGGAACCGCCGUGAAGGUAGCCGCCAACGGAAACGCAACUCACUCGGGUCACUGCGUGACUAACGUCCUCACCGGUACCACUACGCAAGCAGUAGAGGAAUUACAGCACGUGCCGGAUAUUGAAGCGCACCGGCAGCGCCACCCCUAUCAAAUUCAAACCACAGAGUCAGGUAGUGACCGCGACGCGGGUCGUCCUGAGCGGAGUGCAGUUCUUGGAUCAAACCCUCGCCCUGCGGCGAACUCAAAAUUCAUUCAGCAGAAGCCGUCCUUUGCCGCACGGCCGGGGUUUCUGUCGCCGCCGUUUGCCUAUGCUGAUGUGCAAAAGUAUCGCAGUCUUCUUUUUACAAGUACGUACACAUUGCAUAAAUUACAGCAGAAGCAGAUGCUUUCUCUUUCGUUUUUAUCGGGCUCGGGUGGAGCAUUGAAUGCUGUAAUAUGCUGUACUAAUUCUAAUACGCUUGUUGCGCCUGUACGUACUUUACAACUACACACAAUCGCCGCGGUAUAUUUUUGCAAUGUAUACAAGCACCCGUCCCCCGAUCUUCCAGAAGGUAAUGUCCACUUCCGGGUUUCUCAGCCCGCGCCAAGGGGGUGAUCUUGUCACUAUCCAUUUGAAAAAACGAAAUCUCCACUCGUUCGAAAGGUGCUGUGCGCGAAUUUCUCAUAAAUAUAACACCCCACUGUUAUGAUCGCUUUCCUGCGCCUCGGCGUCGCAAGGUGAACAAGUGUAGGGUACUUAGGAAUUGCGAAGCUUUUUCAUGAUCCACCUCUUGGGUGCACUACCAGGUGUGUGUCUUUUUGCUUCCUUUGACCAUGUUUAUGAUCAUGUAGUCGCCCACUGCGCACCGGCCGAAGUGUGCGGAGGGAAACUUGCAUGGCAUAGUGGCCACCACUAGCACACAGGAGUCUUCAACAACAUCUGGUUGGUCGGUAACCUCAGCGAACACGAGCAGCGGUUUUACGCACCUGCAGGUACUGGCUGGCGGUGACGGCCGCACCUGCAACGGCAAACAAGCGCCGCUGAAUGUAGUUGCGGCACCGCCCCCGCUACAGGGAUUAGACAAAGUCACAAACCUCCGAGAUCGGAAAACCAAUCCCACGGAAGAACUCCUCCAGAUGAUCCCUCGCCCUCCACGGCCGGUUGUACGACAAGAUCAUAAUGCGGAGAGGACCACCGCAGGCGGAGGCGCUGGCAAGAAGGCACUGACCGCAGGAACUUUUGCGGCCGCAGAUGAUGACGAGGGCGGUAUCUGCUCAGCUGGGGCUCUACCUGGCACUGGCUCUUGUAAAAUGAAAACUAGACCAGCUCCUGCUGCGGCUUUUGUAGGGAACAGGUGCAAUGCCGGCGCUUCCAAGGGUGGACAGACAGCCGCAAUUCAACCAAGGAAUGCUGUUUUUGGGGGAGCCAAUAAGGCCGCUCAGGACUACGGCGCAAUGGCGGGUCCACCUCAUCGGUCGCUAUUCUCGACCACACUACAAACCUCACCAAGCUCAGAAUUUCUGAUCAGACUUAUCACAUGGAAUUUGUCUCUGACAUCGACAGGUAGACGCCAUGAAAACAUAGGCGCAUCGGCAUCGCAUGCAAUUUCUUUCUCUAUGCGCCAUGCCCAUGGCUAUUUGCAUUUUUCCAGAACUGUCGUCUGAGCCUUCGGAUUGCAGCAGAUUUUUUUGUACGAUUUAUUUUGAUUUCUAGAAAAAGCAUGUCGUCGCGUUCGAAGUAGUCAGUUGUAUCUUUCCGUGCGAUAAGAACAGGACAGCGAAGUCCCAUGCCACCUCUUUUGUUGAAGACCAGGUCGUGUAUGCGAAGAAAUGGAAACGCACGCCCACACAAUCAGCAUUGAGUAAGAGUCAUUUUUCUGCGAUCCUACAGAGAAAAAAAGUUUGUCUUGUGAAAGAAAGCUGCACAACACUGUUCAUUAUAUUUUGGUUUUCUUCGUUUAGUCCACCAUGUGGUGUCCCUCUUGUGCUUACUGCCAGUGCCAAGAAAUUCAAGUGAAGCCGUCCAUCCAUCAAGGUGCGGCUCAAAGAUUUGAAGAAUGUAAAAUAAGUAGGACGAAUUAAUAUAGGUCCUUGUCCUUCUCAAUGACUACGACGAGGACAGGAGGUUGAGUUGUGCUUUUCUUUUGCAUAUUGUGUCUGGCUCCGGGGCCGGUUUUUUAUGGAAGCGUCAGGCUGUCUUGCUCUUAGUCUUACACUCGUAUGUUGCCAGUCGUCCUCACCUCAGCUGCUGUCUGCGACACUUUUCUACAGCCUUCGAUAGCGGGGGCUUCCGCAUUUGGCAUGUGCAUGUAUUGAUUUUGUGGACGAUCAAGAAAAACAAAAGAACAAACUUGCCUCUGACUCAUCCUGGUCGAAGUCUAAUGAAUGAGUACUGCAGGAUGAUGACUGCGUUACCCCGACUCGUAAAAACGACGUCUGAAAGCCCGCCUGACGCCGGCAUAAGUUAAACGCCUCGUGCAGUGGUGUCGGAGUGACAAGCACAAGUCUUGCUGCGGGUCGAAUCGGAGGCGGAUCUUCGUCCGGAGGACCAGUGCUCCCCAGUUGAGCAAUACCUUAAGCUUUUUGAAAAACGACGUACCCACACGAGAGUUCGUCGUCACGCAAAGAAAGAUAUGAAGGCAAUUUAUGGCCAGGCGGAGGCCCGAAAAGACCUAAACCAUCAUGAAAAAAGGCUACGGUGAUGCCGUCGUGCUGCUUGCUAGCCAAAACGAAAGCCGGACCUGUCUUUUUGCACGAAGCUCGAUGGUACAUGGGGAGUUAUUCUUUGGUAUUUCGUGAUCAUCUGCUUCUGCUCCUUGUCCAUGUUUAGACAGCGCGACCGUUAGGCUGUGACUUUGCAAGUCGGCUUCUAGUGGAAACGAAACACAAGUUUUGACAUGCUUCUAGUCAGUAGCGUCGCGAGGAGAACAAUUUGAACCAGUGUGUCUGUACCUUCUUCCAGAACCAACGAAAUCAAUCACGUCGAGGCCCGUAGUACUUCUGGAGCAAGAGGAAACUCUUGCACAGUCGAAGAUGCGCAGAGAAGAAAAAAGAUAAAGCACCGAGCGGCAGCACGAGUUGCUGACGUAGAGGAUAAAAGUCUAGUGCUG